GUCUUCCACUCUCGGCGACCAAAGGCCGGGUGCGAUGGGCGGGUUGCGAGUGCACAAAGCACGCUCAUUUACUAUUCCGAGUCCGGCGCGUUUAUUUCAACACUGGCAGCGAUCCGAGUAACGUGCCUCAUCGGCGACGCCGGCUCGACCUCGAUCUCUCCUCAGGAUCUCCAGUUUUAUAGAUCCCUCCGUUCAUCUGCCCGGCGAAAAUAUGACGACAUCAAGACGCCUCGCAGAGAGGAAGGUAGCUAAGUUUCAGAAAAAUAUAACAAAGAGGGGAUCUGUACCUGAGACAACAGUGAAAAAGGGAAAUGACUACCCUGUUGGGCCCAUUGUCCUGGGAUUCUUCAUCUUUGUUGUCAUCGGAUCAUCUUUGUUUCAGAUUAUUAGGACUGCCACCAGUGGAGGCGCGGCCUAGACCAGAUUGGAAGGGCAAUUGUUAUAACUCAAGGCUACUGCUCUGUAACUUUAUGACACUUAUUUAAACCUGGUAACUAAAUCAAUGGAGACGUUUUGAAUGUA